AUGGCGUUGCCACCUGUGCAGGAGGAGAAAAGGAAACAGCUGGAUGGCAUCUGGCACACCUCCAUAAUAGUCCAUAAGGAUGAGUUCUUCUAUGGCAGUGGAGGAAUCUCCAGCUGUGCACCUGGAGGGACACUUCUUGGCCCCCCGGACUCAGUUGUUGACCUGGGGAACACUGAAGUCACAGAAGAAAUUUUUCUGGAGUAUCUUUCCUCUUUGGGAGAAUCUAUGUUUCGAGGAGAGUCUUAUAACCUCUUUGAACAUAACUGCAACACCUUUAGUAAUGAAGUGGCACAGUUCCUGACAGGAAGAAAAAUCCCUUCCUACAUCACUGACCUUCCAGCUGAAGUUCUUGCCACACCUUUUGGACAAGCUUUAAGGCCUCUUCUGGACUCCAUCCAGAUCCAGCCACCUGGAGGAAAUACCUUCAGCAGACACAAUGGACAGAGCUAACAGGAGUAAACCAGUGUGCCCAGCCUCACCAGGCCUCUUCCUUUUUAAACAUGAAUCUACCAGAUUUCUAUUUUAUAAUUUCUCAUCAGACUUAACUCUACAGAAGUUACAAGUUUUAAAUUUUCCUAAGGAGAGGAUUUAUCAGGGUGCAUGUAAGACAAUGCUACCAAAAAGAUUGCCAUAAUUUCUAAUAGUAUUAUACUAAUUUAUAAAGGCUGUCUUGACUGAGUAGGCUGACACUUUCAAAGUAACUCCUGUGCUGGUAAGUGGGAAUUCAUUCCAUGAGUGUUCAAGGGCCCACUACACUAUUUGGAGUAAACAAGGUGAUGUCCUAGCCAUCCCUUGCAGGCU